UAUUUCGAAUAAUUCUAUAUGAAAUUAUUGAAGCAAUCUCUUGCGGAAUUUUUGAAAAAAUGUAUGGAUAAAUCCGUGAACUAUUCUAUGCUGUAAUAUCUGUAGAAAAACCCAAAAGAACAACUGGUGAAAUUCCUGAAGGAAUCCUCUGAAAAAAGCACUACAGCAAUCACAGGAGUAACCUCUAAAGACAUCCCAGGGAAAAUUCCCGGAGCAAUGCUUGAUGAAAUCCCUAGGGGAAUUCUAGAAAAAUCUCUGUAGGAAUCCAUGAUGGAUGGGAAAAUUGCUGGAGAAAUUCGUCGAUGCAUCCUUGCAGAAGUUCCUGAAACCGGGAGGAAUUUGUGAAGGUGUCCCUGAAGGAAUUCAUAAAAAAUCCAAUUUUUUUUUGCUCUAAGCAUGAUGUUUAUUUGAAUCAAAUACGAGUAAAAAUUUGAGAAUUUCUAGCUACUACAUUCUAUAGCAGCAUAUGGUUCUAGGAAGUGCUUUUCUUUUCCUACUGGAACUGGUUCGUUCCGGCAUAUCCGGAAAAUUGGGCAAGCUGUUUUUGUAUUCCUUGAAUAAGGAUCACACAACUUAGCCAUUCAACCAAGCUUGUUAUUAGGUGUAAAAUUAUAUGAUAAGAUUAAAGUGGUACUCUUGGAAAUAUAGCUACUUGGCUUCACGAUUUUGUAUACCUGGGUUCCAUUUAGACCCCAACUUUAAUACUCUUCUUCUUCUUCUUGGCGUAACGUCCUCACUGGGACAAAACCUGCUUCUCAGCUUAGUGUUCAAUGAGCACUUCCACAGUUUUUAACUGAGAGCUUCCUCUGCCAAUGACCAUUUUGCAUGUGUAUUAUCGUGUGGCAGGCACGAAGAUACUCUAUGCCCAAGGAAGUCAAGGAAAUUUCCUUUACGAAAAGAUCCUGGACCGACCGGGAAUCGAACCCGUCACCCUCAGCAUGGUCAUGCUGAAUACCCGUGCGUUUACCGCCUCGGCUAUAUGGGCACUCUACUUUAAUACUCUGUAUCUCGUGAUUCUGAUAUUUUAGUUUGUUCAUGUAUUCGUCAAAUUUGUUCGGUAAGUCAAGCGCCAACUGGCCGGGCAUUGGUUAGUUCGAAUUUUUCUCAACUAAAUGGCGCAAUAAUCAAAACUCAGUUUUAUGAUUUCUUUUAUGAAAACCAUGGAUGCAAUGUUUUAUAGUAUACUUGAAGAUAUCCAUAAAACCAGAUUUUAUCGUUUUCUUGCAAUUUUAAUUUAAACAUCCUAUUUUCCCUUUUUUGGUGUUUUGUCCUUUCGUGGUUUUGGCAUUUGACGUUUUGUCAUCCAAACCUCAUCCAACAGUACUUUUAGGAUGAUAAUACAACAGUUUGGCCAACGUUAUAUUUAUUGAUGCGUUUCAAAUAACAGCGAGCAAAGAUUUUUGACUUCAUGUUAUCUAGAAUUCGUGUAAGUUUACAUAAAAACUUGACCAAGCAAAAGCGUUUAUACACAACAAAAUGCUGUAUAAAAUUUUAUCUCUCGGUAUGCUCUUAUCCAAUGUUCCAUUUAUUUUUUAUUUGAUUUUUUGUAAGAAAGCCACAUUUUUGUUUAAUUGGAACGCUGCAGUGCUCUCCUCUUCUUAUUAUGGCGUCUCGUGGCGUGGCCUAUGAUAUUUCAACUUCUUAUCUUCUGCUACAACUUAUCGAAGAAGUUCAUUAGCGAUCGCACUAUAUACAUGCAUUGUAGGUACCUAGGCAUUUCCAUAUCCUGUAUCCCUCCAUCCACACACUGGAUGUCUAGUUAGGCGUCGAAUUCAUAUUAAUAAUUAAAAUAAUUAAUUAGCCCCGACCGCAUCGCAGCCGAGUCAAAGGAUAUCGCACAGCAUAUCGGAUGUGCCCCCACCUCACUCAUUACAAGAAUCCUUUCCUUCCGGCUGUCGCCUCUAUCUGCCUAUCGUUCGCAUCCGACAGCUACCGUCGAGAGGUGUGAGCAGUAGAGUAAACAUCCUCGACAAUCUCCAAAGAAAACCGCCAUAACUCACCUCUGGUGUAACAUUAGACGCCUUGGAGCAGCACCAUCGACCGCCAAGACGACCGAUGACGCUACCUCCUUCUCUCCUUCCUUCUUUCCGUCCGGACAGCGGUGCUGUAGGAAAACUUUUCCACAUGCCUGCUGAUCCUUCGAAGUCAAGAAAACCGACCGACCGACCGACACACGUCUCUCAAGUCAACCGUCACACCGCAUCGCAUCGCAUCGGACGGUUGUCGUGUCUCGCCGCCGCCGUCGCUGUAGUGCGGGAAUCAAUUUAAGUCUAUCGCAAUUUAUAGACGCUCCAUCGUAACUAAUCUCCAACUCUUAAUUUGAUAUUAGAAGAAACAUAAACAACUUUAAUAAUAUAAUGUGGUUCGGGUUAGGGCGAACUCGAGUUAGACCGGAUGUACCCUCAACCCCUCCGCUGCUGUUCUGUACCCAGGCUGAACUGAUUUUAAGAAGACGCUAAGACCACCGUGAAAGCCAAGGACACAAUCACUUCAAGGCAACCUUGGAUGGACCACCUUCAUCCUAGCCAGCCAGCCAGCGCCAGCGGAAGUCAAUGGAACAAGCCGAAGAAUUUAUACGAUACGCCAACUUUUCACAUAUCUUCCUCAACCGCAAAACCAUCCUAUAUAAGACGAACUGCACACUUCCACCCGUGUGGCGACUUUUGUGUGUCUGGAUUCGGGGGAUGGAACGAGGGCUGUGUUUAUGGAACUACACACCGGGUGCAUUGUUGCUCUUGCCAAAGACUUCUUUACGAACUAACUGUGUGUACCUACUCCUUCGCUUCGUUUCCUGAUGCCCGUUGGCAUUAGAGUACAUCACCUCGCCUCGCAGGGAGGGUUGAUUGCAUUUCUCCGUGGUUAUUGUGCAUAUGGGAUGAGGGUGGAUGUAUCGUCUAAUGCGGGAAAAUAAAUCGUUUUUAAAGCCUGUAUCCGCAAUAAUCGGGACACAAAAGUACGGCAGUAACUUCGUACUGAAUCAAUAUAAAUUGGCCAAAAAUUAACUGAGAACUCUUUGGUGUAUGUUUAUUAUUUGUGCAAAAUUUCAUAAAAAUCGAUGCAUUACUUUUAAUUGUGGAUGAGAAACAAACAGACGACGUUUUUAAGAUUUUGUACAAUCAUCACCAAUUUUCAGACGCAUACUAGAUGGUUCUUUUCCAUUAUAGUUCAAAGUUCUGUGAGGAUAAUUAUGAAACUUCGUGAGCAGUUAUGAUACUUAUAGAGACACUUUCUUGCAAAAUUUUAUCAACUUUUAUCAAUUGGAUUGAAAGUUACUGGUGUUGAUAGGGGAUAGUGUUAGUGAAAAUGUUUCAUGUUUUUUAUGUGCGAUGUUUGCCCAUUCAUAACUUUUGAAUAUCUCUGUCAAUUUUCAUGAAAUUUUCACAAAAGGUAGUUGAUUAUGUGUAUAUUAUGCCUGCAAAAUUUGAAGAUUAUUGGUGUCGUACUUUCAACAAUACAACCGAAACAAUAAGGGGUGCUCACUAAUUGUUCAGACAACAAAAAUCACGGUCAGCCCCAAUAUAUGUUUCGACUAUAGAACUGUUGAUAGUGCAUCGAUUUUUUUGAAAUUUUGCCUAUGUAAGUAAAGUAGAUUGAGAAGUUUGUGUUCAAAAUUUCAGUCAUUUUCUUUAUCAAAUUCAAAAGUUACAGCGCUGACAAACUAAACCAGGGGCUGUACAAAAUUCAAUUGCACGCGUUCUACUGUUUCAUUGCUACAACAUAAGGUACUUCACCGAUUCACAUGAAAUUUUGCAGGUGAAAUGAACACACCAUAAGAUAUUAUCAGGCAAAAUUUGAGCAAUUUUAAUGGAUCUAUUGCAGAGUUACAGCAAUACUUCUGUGUCCCGAUUAUUGCGGAUACAGGCUUUACCCCGUCUUCUACCGACGACGAUGCUCGACUUUCCCUGCUGAGGAGGUAAUCUUUUGUCUCGAAGAAAUAGGCAAAAGUGUCUUGUUUCUUACCUCAAAUUGUAGUUCUCUUAAGUGGCGGUUUCCAGUUUACCUUUCUCAAACCAACUAGCUGUGUAUCUGCGGGAACGGAUUCAACAAAUCAAUGAUGGUUACCGGCACUGAUGAAUGGAGGUGGAUUGGAACACAAUUCCGUUCAGAAACUCCAAGGGCGCUUUGGUCCUCUGCACGCAGAGUCCAUGUUUCGUGCCCAUAGAGGACAACCCUAAUCAGCGUUUUGUAGAUAGUUAACUUCGCAAACUUUACUCGAUCUUUGAGUUCUGCGGAGUCCCAAGUAUGCUCUAUAGCACAAUGCGUCUCUGAAUUUCUCUGCAGGUGUCGUUGUCGGCGGCAGCAAUGAGUCCAAGUAACAUGUACUUUACUGUAAUUCUUAAACCGCCUCGAUUUCAUCACCGUCGAUAAAAAUUCGGUAGUACUUUGAAAUCGAGACAUUAAUGAUUAAUUCGGUUCACCUGGCUUCGUUAGUCGGAUGUACGUUUCCGCCAUCGUCUCAAAUUUGCGACCUAAAAUUCAAUAUCAUCUGUGAAACUAAGAAGCUGAACGGACGCCGUGAAAAUCGUUUGUACCGUGUUUAUCCCUACUCUUCUCAUUACAACCUCUAGCAAUGUUAACCCUAAAAGGGAUACCUGGGGUCUUUCAGAGCUCGUCUUCGAUGGAACACACUCAGCGAGGUGACGAAAUUGAGGCCAUGAAGGUAUCCCUUUUAGGGUUAAACAGCAGGCACGUAAUCUGCCCCAUUCACAAGAAAGGCGACCAUUUGGAAUGUGAGAACUUUAGGGCGAUCACUAUUUUGAAUGCUGCCUACAAAGUGCUAUCCCAGAUCAUCUUCCGUCGUCUGUCACCUAAAACAAGUGAGCUCGUGGGAAGUUAUCAAGCCGGCUUCAUCGACGGCCGGUCGACAACGGACCAGAUCUUUACCGUACGGCAAAUCCUCCAGAAAUGCCGUGAAUACCAGGUCCCAACGCAUCACCUGUUCAUCGACUUCAAAGCGGCAUACGACAGUAUCGACCGCGCAGAGCUAUGGAGAAUCAUGGACGAAAACGGCUUUCCUGGGAAGCUGACUAGACUGAUUAAAGCAACGAUGGACGGUGUGCAAAACUGCGUAAGGGUUUCGGGUGAACUAUCUAGUUCAUUCGAAUCUCGCCGGGGACUGCGACAAGGUUAUGGACUCUCAUGCCUACUCUUCAACUUCGCUCUGGAAGGUGUGAUGCGACGAGCCGGGCUCAACAGCCGGGGAACGAUUUUCACAAAAUCCGGACAAUUUGUGUGCUUUGCGGACGACAUGGACAUUAUUGCCAGAACAUUUGGAACGGUGGCAGAGCUGUACACCCGCCUGAAACGCGAAGCAGCAAAGGUCGGACUGGUGGUGAAUGCCUCAAAAACAAAGUACAUGCUGGUAGGCGGAACCGAAAACGACCGGAUCCGUCUGGGUAGUAAUGUUACGAUAGACGGGUAUACUUUCGAGGUGGUGGAGGAAUUCGUCUACCUCGGAUCCUUACUGACGGCUGACAACAACGUGAGCCGUGAAAUUCGGAGGCGCAUCAUCAGCGGAAGUCGGGCCUACUACGGGCUCCAGAAGAAACUGCGGUCGAAAAAGAUUCACCCACGCACCAAAUGCACCAUGUAUAAAACGCUUAUAAGACCGGUAAUCCUCUACGGGCACGAGACAUGGACCAUGCUCGAGGAGGACCUGCAAGCACUCGGAGUUUUCGAGCGACGCGUGCUAAGGACGAUCUUCGGCGGUGUGCAGGAGAACGGUGUGUGGCGGAGAAGAAUGAACCAUGAGCUCGCUGCACUUUACGGCGAACCCAGCAUUCAGAAGGUGGCCAAAGCCGGAAGGAUACGGUGGGCAGGGCAUGUUGCAAGAAUGCCGGACAACAACCCUGCAAAGCUGGUGUUUGCAACUGAUCCGGUUGGCACAAGAAGGCGUGGAGCGCAGAGAGCACGAUGGGCGGACCAGGUGGAGCGUGACUUGGCGAGCAUCGGGCGCGACCGAGGAUGGAGAGCGGCAGCCACGAACCGUGUAUUAUGGAGAAAUAUUGUUGAUUCAGUUUUAUCUUGAAUUUGAUGUAAUACUAAAUAAAUGAAAAAUGAGCAGGCACGAAAGACCACCACCUUGCCGUAAUGCUCUGCGCCAUUCGAAGGGACACGAGAAUGUCCCUGAUACUCGAACUCCGCACAUCACACUCGAUCCAUCGUUGCCAUGAUCAAUCGUCAGUUUAUCAGGGAAUCCGUAUUCGUGCAUAAUCUGCCAUAGCUGUUCUCGAUCGAUUGUACCAUACGCCGAUUUAAAAUCGAUGAACAAGUGAUGUGUGGGCACGUUGUAUUCGCGGCAUUUCUGCAACACCUUGUGGAUGGCGAACAUCUGAUCCGUUGUAAAGUACUAAAAUAGUGCUUGUACAGUUGUAAUUCAACACUUGAAUUCUGCAUUACGCAAAAUUGCAAUGUCGUUGUUUUUCUCGUAACGAAAUGAUAGAAAAAAUCAUGCGACAGGUAAAAAAAAUACGAUUAAAACCUUCCAUUUAUUUGAAUUCAAAAAAGUUAAAUUUAGGUCUAAUUUGCAAAGCUAAAAAAAUCAGUCGCGGUUAGCUGCACAGUUGGAUGAAUGAAGCUGUUUAUUAUUUGUUUUGUUCCAGGGCCUUCAUGGAAGUUUCAGUGGCGUUUCAGGGGCUUUCUGAGGGUUUCAGGGGUGUUUCAUGGAGUUUCAGAGGUCUUUAAGAGCGUGCCAUUGGGUUUCAGGGAUGUCCCAGAGUGUUCCAAUGGGUUUCAGAGGGUUUCAAGAGAGUUUCAAGGGUUUUCAAGUGUUUUUAGAGGCGUUCGAGGUACUUUCAUGAAUGUUUCAGGUAGUUAUCGGGUGUCAGGGGCGUUCCUGGCCAUUCCAUGGGGUUUCAGGAAGGUUUCAAGGUGUUUCAGCAAGUUUCAGGAGGUUUCAGAAGCAUUCCAAUGAGUUUCAAGAGAGUUCAGUGGCGUUCCAGGAUAUUUCGGGGAUGUUCCUGCGAGUUUCAUAGGGUUUCAGGGGUUUACUGAGGGAUUUCAAGGCAUUCUAUGAGGUUUCAGGGACGUUCCAGGAUGUUCCAGCAGGUUCGAGGAGCGUUCCAGGGAGUAUCAGGCAGGGUUCGUGAUUUCCACUUUGCAUCUUACAGUUUCUCAUAUUUUCGAAAAAUAUUAAUUCAUUUCUUUGUCAAUCUACCAUCUAAUCUAAUCAACAACUAUGGACUAAAAAUGAAUGCAUUAAAUGCAGAAAUUAUCUUCUAUAUAUGAUAAUAGCUGCUUCGAUCACCACCUAUCAUUCUUUGCCAUUCACUAACGAAUAACAAUGAGGAUGAGGUGAAUGAACGGAUCCUUGGUUACAAGAGUGUCCUAGAAGGUUUCAGGGGCUUUUUAGGUAGUUUCUGAGGUGUUCCAGAAGGAUUCAGGGGAUUCCAGGAGCGAUCCAGGGGCGUUCCAUGGAGUUUCAAGGAUAUUUCAGGGUGUUCCAGCGGGUUUCAGGUGCGCCCCGGGGUUGUCAAUAGGUUCCGGGUGUGUUUCAGGAGUUUCAUGGAUCCUAGGGGUGUUCCAGGAGGGCUUCAGGGGCUUUCCAUUCAGGGAUUCAGGGACGUUCCAGGGUGUUUUGGCGGAUUUCAAGAGCUUUAAAGGGGUUUUAGGGGUUCCAUACGCGUUUCAAGAGUGUUACAACGUGUUUCAGGGGUUUUCAGGGGCAUUCCAUGCGAUUUCAAAGAAGUUCCAGCAAACAGGGGUUUUAAUGGUGUUACAGGGGACAUAUCUCUGAUAUCACCUGAAACCUGAAAACAAAGCCUUGAAACUUGAUGCUGUCAAUAAACUACGUAGACUCAUUUUUGGCUAUUCCAGACUCCCUCUUUCCCCCUCCAUUGUUCAUAUAAAAUUUUCGAAAAUUUUAUGGACCAUAGGCUUUGGCCACCAAGCGUUACGGAGGCGUUUUCGGGGAUUUCGGAGGUUUUCAAGUGCGUUACAUGGGGUCUGAGCCAGUUGUAGGGGGAUUUUGGAGGCAUUUCAAGCGGUUUUGGAGCAUUUUCAUUGGGAUUCAGAGGCGUUACUGAUGAGUUUUCUGGGGUUUCGGAGCGUCUCAGGUGCGUUACAUGGGGAACUAGGGGGUUUCAGGGAGAUUUUGAAAGCAUUUCAGGAAGUUUCAGAGCGUUUUUGAUGAAAUUCGGAGGCGUUACGGAGACGUUGCGGAGGCGUUUUAGUGAAUUUCGGAGGAUAUUAAUUACGUUACAUGCGGUCCGGUUUAGGGGGAUUUCAGAGGCAUUACAGGAAGUGUCAGAGGAUUUUCAACCCUGAAACCUCCGUAAUCGCACUGAAAUAACUAAUAGGCCCAGAAACCCCCUAAAUCUCACUUUAAAACCUCUUGAAACACCCCUGAAAUGCUAUCAAACGCCCCUAAAACCGUUCGUUGAGGUGUCCUUAAAAUGUUCCUAAAACCCCCAGAAAAUCUCUGAAGUGACUCUGAAAUACCUUGAAACACCCUUCAAACCUUGUAGCAGAAACACCCUUCAAACCCCUUGCAACGCCCUGAAAAGGCUUUUUGCCCUUAAAGUCUUUUGAAACGUCCCUAGAACCCCCUCAAUACUAUUGAAAUGUCAAUGAAUUCGGAAUAUCCAGAAAAAUGACCACGUGGUUUAUGGACAGCCUCCCAGGGAAACGACUACACCAGUGUAGCAGAGAACGAAACUGUUCCAACCCAUACUCCUAGGGAAGUUUAAGAUGCCAUUCAAUAUUGGUGCCUCGUGACCAUGAGAUUAGGAUCACCAAGCAUAGGGUGCUCUUAGGUUCGCUGCAACCGCAAAUAGGCAUCGUGUACAUACGUGGCCUAUCACGGAGUUGGCGGUCCCUCAGUAGUUAUCUUCGUCUGUCGUUGAUCUGACAUCCUCUGCUCAGAGCUUUCGAAAAUCAUUGACAAGAAUGGCUUUCCAAGGAAACUGAUCAGAUUGAUUAAAGCAUUAUUGAUGGAUACACCAAUGUCAAGGCAUGAAUGCUUCGAAUUCACUGUUCCGAUGUCAAAUUCUAGUCCACGCAGUAACAGUUCUUAAGUGUGCCGGGAAUGGCGUUCUGUCGACUCAGUUCCACGUUCCCACUGGGCAUAGAGCACAGAGAGGCUACUUAGGAAGCUGGCAUACCUUGACGUCCUCCUAGAAGAGUGAUUCACGAAGUCCAUAACUGCAAGGCUAGGCAGCCAACCUCGAAAGUGCGAACUGCACUAGCCCCUCUCCAAAGCAACACCUUUUGGAAGUUUCGGGGAGACGAAGGGUUUGGCGGUAGAAGUAAAGGUUUAGGUUGGUCGGGAAAGUAGCCUUUUCUUUUUAGAUGGCUUCGCAGUUCUAAGUCCUUGUGUGUCCCUAUUGAAUCAGUGCAGUGUAGUGUUGCUUUCAAGUCACGUCAACCUUGAUAGAAACCAAAUUUGUAUCACCCUUUCUUUGCGCUUGCUGAUUCGCUUUCUGCACACACGUCACGCAUCAUCUUCGCUCUGUGAUCAUCACCACUAAUAUGGGUAAGAUUGUCAUAGCUCUCUCUUUCAGCUGCAUGAAGCAGAGAUACACACACCGAGGUACCUGUAAAGGAUUGGCACGUUAAGCUGUUAAGGGUCAAAUAGUUGUCCAAGAAGAAACCAAUGCUCAAACAUUUUGUUUGACUCGAUCGAAUUUGAAUUAGUGUCAAAUUGAUGUUGUUUCUUGAGUUCUUUCCUUCUCAAAUAUUUGACCCUGUGUACUUCAGUUAGAUCGAUCGGUUUGACAGCUCACAUUUGUUUGCGGUUUUCUGUGAUAAAGUGAAGGAGGGAAGAUUUUUUGCUUUUUUCACUCAUAGGCUCAUAAGAAUCACCAUGAGAAACAUCGUAGGAAAAAAGUGUUUCCCGACUCAUCAGCCUUCGUAGUCCCCAAUAUGCCAAGCUGGAUCGUAUCACUUGAAGAGGGUCAAAAUUCGAAUCCAACGUUUAUCUCGUGAUAGUUACGAUGAUUCGUAGCACUGGUGGUACGGUCAAAGAUCGUCCUACCUAACGCUGCUCACGGUCAUCGCAGAGAAGGAGGAGGAGGAGGAACUGCAGGAGGUGCCGGUACUUCAGCUCUUACAACAACGGUUCAGACUUCCAACAUUUCAUCGCCAGUACUGAGAAUUGCAACCACCACCGCCGCCGCGAGAUCCACCACCUUCCGCACCACGCAGCCAAACCUCAGCACAACGCUGCACCCGUUAGACGCCGCAAAAGGAAAGUGACCAUUAAAUUUCUAAUAAAUUGGACGAGCGAACUAUUCGCGAGCUACGGAAUCUA